UAGACUAGCUAGCGCUUCCUUGAGUCUCGUCUCUUGCGCCUCCUUUGAACCCUUCCUCCGUCUCUUGCGUUUUCGCUCGCAAAAAGACGAAGCUCUACUAUACACGAUCCAUGCUGUCCUCGCAAAAAUGCGGAGCUCCAUGCAACGAGGUCUACUAUACACGUCCUCGCAAAACCCACACUCCCACGCCAAAAUGAUGUCGUCUUCGAAUUCCCAAAACCCCGCCGUCGCCGCAGCAUCGUCGGAGGCCCAAGUCAGCAAAAAGGCCGCCAAGAAGGAGGCCGCCAAACUAGGGAAGCUCCUCCGACACUCUCUCCGUUGACCCCGCGCUCACCCUCUCCGUCGCCAGAAACAGCGGUGGCUCCGCCAUUCUCAGAGCGGCCUUCGACCGAUAUAGAGGGAUCGUGUUCAAGAACAUCACUGGUGUCGUGCUCAAAGCCCCCUCUUUCUUGUCUUUUUGUUUUGCUGCUACCACUACUGUGCUACCGAUCUCCGGUCACCAACAGGUUAGGUAAAACAAGAUCUGUAGUCAAUUUCAGAUGUUGUCAUCAUCUUUGGUUCUAAUCCGUGUGAAUAUCUGCUUAUGUUUUAAGUUGGGGGUUUCCAUUUGAACUGAAGGUAUUUGUUACUAUGACACACGCAACAUAUCAAGCUUCUUAUGAUUAUUACUAGUUAUUGCCUUCGCUUAUUGCCUAUUUGUGGUGGUACCGCAUAUUGAGGGCGUGGUGACCUAAGCAAGUGGUAGUUAAUGUUUGCAGGCGGUUUGAUGUUGGCUUUUGGUUCUUUCUUUGUUGGCUUGGUUAAUAUAAGGGGUGGAGAUUCUGUUUAGAGGUUGCUAUGGGCAGUGUAUUCAAAAGGGGGUGGUUUUGACUUUUCUAUUAUGUGUAAUGUGCUGGAGGUGUUUAAUUAAUUUGUUUUAGAAAUAUUAAAAUGUGCUAUAAAAUCUAAUAGUCUGAAUAUAAUAUAGGUUGGGUUGCGCUAAUAAAUAAUCAUUGAGUUCAUCUUCUGAAGAAGCCCUUGAUGGAAUAAUUGGUUUUGGGCAAUCAAAUUUUUCUAUGCUUUCACAGAUUUCUGCAUCUAGAAAGGUGAAAAAAGUAUUUUCACAUUGCCUUGACAAUAUUCGUGGUGGUGGAAUAUUUGCCAUAGGGGAAGUGGUGGAACUAAAAGUCAGCAACUCCGUUGGUACCAAGAUUUUUGCCUUAGAAAAGAAGACUGCGAAGUUGAGAGGAAUUGAGAAGGCUCUAGUUGCACGGCAUGAAGCUGGUCAUGCUGUAGUAGGUACUGCAGUAGCAAACAUUCUUGCUGGACAGCCACGUGUUGAGUGCUGGAUAUUAUAUUGUCAAAGUUGAAGAUGAUUUUCAUGAAAUGCAUGAAAGAAAAGUCUGAGUAGAAGCAGCUGAUGUUGCCAAGUCCCAAUUAAUUUUCCUGGCAUAUUGUUAUCAUGGUUCAUUAUUUUUGGGAUUACUUGCUGAUCACUAUUAGCUAAAUUUUGUUUUUAAUUUUAGUUUCUAGCUACGGUCUCUCAUUUAGAACACCCAUGAAUUGUAUUUCUAGCUACAUUUUACAGAUAAGACAUGUUUUUUAAUUCUAGCUAACGUCUGUCAUUUAGAACAGAGUGAAGUCAGAUAUUUAGAGCUUUA